AUCAGUGGAGACCCAAUGCAACUCUGUGUGGAAUAUGAUGCUUCAAAUAAGCAACUUAAUGUGACUUUAGCCCCAAUUACCAUCCCCAAACCAAAAAUUCCACUCUUGUCCAUAAACAUUGAUAUUCUACAGACAAUAGUGGAUCCUAUGUUCGUGGGUUUCUCAUCGUCUACUGAUGCCAUUAUUGUUUCUCAUUAUGUGUUAGGGUGGAGUUUCAGGGUGAACGGACAAGCGGAAGAACUCUCUCUUUCCCAACUUCCUAAGCUUCCUCCAACAGGAUCUAAAACAGAAGCUGGAAUUUUUAAAAUCGUAUUUCCUGUGAUUGGUGCUAGUUUAUUACUGUUAUUUUCUAUCUUCCUCAUCCUAUACAUUGUACGAAGGAAUAAGAUAAAGUUCUCCGAAGUUGUUGAAGACUGGGAACUUGAAUAUGGACCUUACAGGUUCAAAUAUAAAGAUCUCUACAUCGCAACCAAAGGAUUUCAUGACAAGGAGCUGCUUGGUAUAGGGGGGUUUGGUAAGGUCUACAAAGGUAUUUUAUCCACCACAAAACAAGAAGUUGCAGUGAAGAGAGUCUCGCAUGAUUCAAAACAAGGGGUGAAGGAAUUCAUUGCGGAGAUCGUCAGCAUCGGUAAAUUACAGCAUCGAAACAUAGUGACACUCUUGGGGUAUUGCAGACGAAAAGGAGAGCUUCUUCUAGUCUAUGAUUUCAUGCCCAACGGAAGUCUAGACAAGUUCCUCUUUCAUCAUCAAUCCACAAAGAAGGCAACAUUGAGUUGGAAUAAGAGAUUUCAAAUAAUCAAAGACAUAGCCUCGGCGUUACUAUAUCUUCACGAAGAAUGGGACCAAAUUGUGGUUCACAGAGAUGUGAAGUCCAGUAAUGUCAUUUUAGACAAGGAGUUAAACGGAAGACUGGGAGAUUUUGGGCUUGCAAGAUUAUAUGAUCAUGGAAGUCACCCCAAAACCACACAUGUAGUGGGGACGUUUGGUUAUCUUGCACCAGAAAAUUUCUGGAGUGGCAAAGCAAAACCUAGUGUGGAUGUGUUCGCGUUUGGGGUUUUUUUGCUUGAAGUCGCUUGCGGUAGGAGGCCUAUAGAGCCACAAGCAUCGGAAGAGUGUAUUGUAUUGAUGGAAUGGGUGAUUUUAUGUUUGAAUAAGGGGACGAUUCUUGAAACUGUGGAUCCCAAAUUGGGAAUGAAUUAUGAAAUGGAGGAGAUGGAAUUGGUUUUAAAACUUGGAUUGAUUUGCUCUCAAUCCAUUCCAACUGCAAGGCCAAGUAUGAGACAAAUUGUUCGCUAUUUGGAAGGAGAGAUUCCACUACCAGAGCUGCCAUCUCUGACUUCAGAAGGUAAUAUUGACGUCUCUAUUUGGUGUCCUUAUCUUGGGAGUAGAAUGAGUCCGCCAUUAUCGAUUGCUGAUUCUCUACUCUCUGGAGAACGUUGACUCUAUCUGAUUAUAGUUUU